AUGGCGACCAACGCCGGUCGUCCCAGCACCCCGCCCGCCCGUGCUGUCCUGCACGACUCGCCCUUCUCCGACUACUAUUCCGACAGUCCCUUCUCCGCCGGCCCGCAGCACGCCUCCAAGAUACAAAGCGCGUUGCUGAACCGACUGUCGCAGCUGGCCGUCCAGGUUACUCGCGAAGAACCCGUCGAGCCUGUUGCACACCAUGUCCAGCGUGCCCUCGACAACCUCUACGCCCUCUUCGCCGUUCCCGAUACUCAGACGCGCCAGCCUGCCGGGCUCGAGGACUCCGGCCUUUUCAUUGAAGACGACGCGGACGAAAGGGGAUCUCCCGCUGCCGAGCAUGUCCCCCUUCCGCCCAUCGAGGGCAGCAUCGCCGACGAGGAGCUGGAAGACGUCUACGGCACCAUGAUUCGCAUGUCCAUGGAGCUGCGCGAGGGCUUCCUGGAGAUGAAGGAUCACCAGACAGGCCUUGUCGCCGAUAUGACCAAGGUGCAGACCCAGAACGACGACCUCAAGGCCCAGAACAAGUCGCUCCGAUCUCAAAACGACAUCCUUCAGGCCCAAGUCGCCGCUCUCCGCUCCAAGAUCGAAUCCCUCCGCACCCAGAACCAGUCUUUGCGCACGGACCUGCAGUCCGACUUCACCGAACUCAUGUCGCUCAAACUCCAGCUUAUGGCCAUUGAGGUCAAAUCCGCUCUGCAUAUGGGCCAGGAUGGCAGCGACGUUCUCAAGCAGAGCAUGGAGCGGUGGACUGAAGAGUGGCACGAGAUGGAUGAAAAGUUCCGUGAGCGUAGAGAAAAGUUCUCCGGUGCUGUGGAUCCCAACCUACUGGGCGAGGCACACCAGCUGGCGGCCGACAUCUCGGCCUUCCUAAAUUUGGAAGAUGGCAACCUCAGGCCAAAGAGCUCUCGCCGCUCCCGCAACCUCCCUGGUAUCCACGCAAGGGGGUCGAGUGAUCCUUUUCCUGUUCUUGCCCGCAUUGAAGAAGUUGUCGAGAAGCCCGAGAUCGUCGAGAAGCCUGACGAAGUCACCGUGAAGCCCGAAGAGCCUGCAAGAGAAGCUUCUCAUCUUGCCUCGGUCAGCCAUGCCAACCCGGGCCCAGACCAGCUUUCUCUUGCCAACGAGCAACAGAGGCCAUCGGCAGAACAGUCUAGUCCCGGUUUUCUUGCCCGUCUGUGGCUUUCUGGCCCAAGGCAAUUCAUUAUAUCAAAGACGCUCCUAACAGAUCCUCGAAAGAGCAUCUGGGACGCUCUAUCUGAUGUCACUGGAGUCGGCAUGUACGAUGACUUCUACGACGAAUACUCCACGGCCGAGUAG